CAACGGCGACGGUACUGCGCAUAAGCGCAGUACCAGUAUAGCUAACAGCUAUACUGUACCACUUGCGACUGUACCAUAUGACACUCACUCAGCCUCGCUGCAAUCGGGGCCAUGUUCUCCAGAGUCUCCUCUCGAGUCCUGCUCCGAAAAUC